UCCGAGCGCAGCCGCACGCCCUUAUUCGCACGUUCUCCAUCGAUUGUCACAGUGGUCGCGGGUUACAACGCGGUGAUGUAUUUGAUUGUUUUCCAACUCGAGCCCGGCUCCAGCUGGGCACGGUGAUCUAUGCGGCGGCCUAACGAGGCCAUCGAUGCGCCGGCAUCAGGCAGCCGAUUUAGCCCGAAUGACAUUGAACAGUGUCGGCGAGAAUGAGCGAGAGGAAGUUUACGCGCGGCUUGGGCAAGCCCGGCAUGGCGGCGCAGCUGCGGGAAACCGUAUCGCAGGUCGUCCGGGAAAGUACCGUACAGAAUAAACCGCAUCUAGUUGAACCCAUUGACUUUGAGAGUUUUGUCCUGAAGAAUAAGACAUUGCUGCAAAAUGAUCCCCAACGAGAACUGCUACUAUAUCCCCAAGAUGAUAUUUCUCAAGUGGUUCUGCCAAGAAGAUACCGUAGCGUCGUGCCAACCUUGCAACAUUUUACGGAAUGUGACGAAGGAACGGAAAAUCUCCUGACGAAGGAAUGUUUACGUAGUUACACGUCAAAUUGGAAUCUUGUACAUUACAAAUAUUCAGCAUAUAGUGGAACUUAUCUCGAGUUGCCAAGAAUAGCCAAAGCGGAUGAUCUGAAAGACGAAGUAUAUGAAAUAGAUACCGAAGUAGAUCAAGUUGAUGAGGAUUUAACGAAGAACGAUGGUAUAACGAAGGAGGGCUAUUUGAUGAAAGGUCCUGAGAUUGGUAGUACGGAUAGAAUGUUCGCUCAUAUAGGUUCGAAAUCAUUUAAGAGACGCUUCUGUCAUCUAAGGCAAGAAGUCGACGGCACUUAUAUACUCGAGUUUUUCAAAGACGAGAGGAAAGGGGAGGCCAAAUUGACAAUAGUGAUGGAUUUUUGCACAGAAGUUGUCAGAAAUGCCAAACGUGGUAGGUUCAGCUUUGAGCUCCGAAUGAGCGAUACUCACAAAUCUUAUACACUGGCCGCUGAGAACGAGGCUGAUAUGCAAGACUGGUUGUUGAAGCUCAGUUCUGUGCUGCAACAUUACAAACAGCAGGAGGAGAAACGCGCUGCUUCAUUGGAAAGAGCUUGUAAUACACCUCCACCAUCCCCGCAGCCGAUGCAGGUUUAUGGCACAUUGAAGGGGCUGGAACAGAGCAUGAAUCCACAAUUGAUAAAGUAUUCAAGGGAGACUGACACCAGCAUUGCUUUAGCGAGGAGAGAGAACAGAAAAAGACUGUUCAGUGUGUACCCUUACAUGGCACAUGUCAAGGCGCAAACAAGCCCAACCACCGAUCAUAACGUGGAUCCUUACAAGGAACAGUUUGGUCACAGGAUCUUCGUGAAAUGCGAGAGCCUUAAGUUCAGACUGCAAGCACCAAUCGACGAGAAGGAGUCCCUCUGUCAAGUGGAACCUUAUCACACGACAUUGAGCCUCUUCGACGCGAGGAAUGGCAGGAAGCUCACUGAGAAUUUCCACUUCGAUGUUAAUCACGAAAUUAUGCGGGACGUGAUGAGGGAACUGAGCCCUGCGGGAAUCAUGACCGAGACGGAGGAUAUCGCACUCCCUGGAGAAUUGAACCGUAUCCCUUCGGACUGGAUGAAAUAUCCGAGACAGGCGAUAUUCAAUAUCAGCAAUCCUCACCCGGACAUAUUUCUUGUCGUAAGGAUAGACAAAGUACUUCAAGGGAACAUACAUCAGACAUCAGAACCUUAUUUAAGAGCCACUAAGGAUCCGAGAUUGGGUUUAAAAGUACACAAGCAAGUCCGAGUUUGUUGCCAAAGGUUAGGAAAUUACAGAAUGCCAUUUGCGUGGGCCGCAAGACCAUUGUUCCGGUUGUACAGCAACGAACUGGACACGUCCUCGGAUUUCCCGGCGAUAUACAGACAGGACGGCAACAAAAUAAAGGACGAGGAACUGCUGAAGCUCCUUUCGGAAUACAGAAAGCCUGAGAAACUUAGCAAAUUGACUGUGAUACCUGGCUGGUUGAAAAUAAGAAUCGAGCCUAUUACGGAUAUUCCUGAAAAUACGUUGUCAACAUGCCUGGCGCCGUUAAAGCCGUUUCCGAUUCCCCCGACGGCGGAGCCGACGAUCGAGGUCGCCGAGUUCGAGAGCACUUCCGAGAGGGAAGUGCAUCCGUACACGACGUACGUCAAUCAUCUCUACAUAUAUCCGCAGACGCUCUGCUUCGACGCUCAGAAAAUGUUCACUCGUGCUAGGAACAUAGCGUGCAUCGUGGAGCUACGCGACGACGACAAUGAGAAUGUUGUGCCUUUGCGAGCAAUUUAUGGAAGACCAGGCUCACCGUUGUUGUGUCUGCGAGCGUCGUGCGCGGUCUUGCAUCACAACGCAGUGCCUUCUUGGUACGAAGAAAUUAAGAUGAAGCUACCUAGGAAACUGCACGCAAAGCAUCAUAUACUAUUCUCCUUUUAUCAUAUAAGUUGCGAUAUGAACAAGAAGAAGGAGAACGGCGUUGAGAAUUGCGUCGGUUAUGCUUGGGCACCGUUGCUGCAUAAAGGAAGACUGAACGUGGAUAUAGAGUCGAAUAUCCAAGUAUUGCCUGUGGCGACGCACUUGCCAGCAGGAUACCUUUCAAUACAACCCCUUGGGCUAGGGAAAGGGGUAAGAAACGCGGGGCCGGAUAUUACCUGGAUCGAUUCGCAGCGGCCAAUCUUCACGGUAUCUUUUCAAUUAAUCUCAACGGUAUUUACAAGGGACCUUCAUCUGCACAAUCUUUUCGUUCACGCCGAACGCAUUCUGGAUACGAAGCCGUCGGCGACUCCCUCGGAUUCGGAGACGUGCAAAAUCUUGAAAGCGGCACACGCGGUUCAACUAGUCACCGUUAUUACGUUUCUACCUACUAUACUAAACCAGUUGUUCGUGUUGCUGACGUACAAUACGAAUCAAGAGAUCGGACUGUACGUGAUCAGGGUCCUGAUACACUUCAUAAACAUGGUGCACGAAGCCGGCCGCAAAGAAAUCCUGCAGGCAUACAUCAAGUUUGUGUUCGUGCUGCCUCCGCUACGAAACGGUAACUCCACGGUGCACGAACAACUAGCGAAGUAUUUGCCGACGUUGCUGCAGCCGAGCAACACCGACUUCCUGGUGGUGAACAAGUUCAUGCAUCACUCCAACUUUUUCUUCGAGAUAAUGAUCAAAAGUAUGGCCCAGUAUUUACUGAACACCGGCAGGAUCAAAAUGCACAGGAACGAACGAUUCUCGAAGGACUAUCACGAGAAGAUCAAGACGUUAUUAGAAGUGAUCAUGCCGUAUCUAAUGACCAAGUACAAAGAGAUGCCGGUGGAAACGCACGAGUUGAACAAAAGUCUCGGCCAAUUCUUGAAGCGUUGUUUCACAUUCAUGGAUCGGGGCUUCGUAUUUCGCCUCAUCAAUUCCUACCUGGACAACUUCUCGCCCGGCGAUCAACGCACGCUGCACGACUUCAAGUUCGCUUUCUUGCAGAUUAUCUGCUCUCACGAACACUACGUGUCUUUCAAUUUGCCGAUGAUGCAGUCGCGCCUUGCCUCUAGAGACAAUGACAAUGACGCCGAGAGCGAGCCAGAAUGCGAUGAUUUGAUGAACGAGUAUUGCCUUACGGAAGAGUUCUGCAAGCACCACUUCCUGGUUGGUCUUCUGAUGCAAGAAGUCAGGACUUCUCUCAAUGAGAUCGUGCAGAUUCGUAAAGUGGCGAUAGGAACUUUACGGGAUUUAUUGGCGAAGCACGAAUUGGACGACAGAUAUCAGAAUAAGGGCCAACUGAGCAGAAUAGCGUCGAUUUACAUACCGUGGCUGGGCGUUGUGCUGGAGAACUUGCAUCGGUUGCAGUCGACGCAGGACGAGAUGAAAACGGACGCGAAACAGAACGGCACGAGCCGAGUGUCCACCAGCAGCUCGUUCCUCACGGCAAAGGACACCGUCUCUCUCAACGCCACGAGCUCGGGCACACCCAAGUCUCUCCACAGAUUGACUCUUCACCUGGACAGCCAGUCACCCGUGAGAACGUCGAUGCACCUUCGGGAUUCUACUUACUUCGCCGCCAUCGCCGGCCAAGGAUUGGUCAACGGAUAUUCCUGCACCAGUGUCGAGUCCGACACGUCGACCGUGUCCGGCGCAUCCCAAUCUAACGUCUCCCAGGAGACCGCCAUCGUCAGGGAACUGGCGGAAAACGGAACGGGCGAGAGGAAGAGACAUUCGCGCACCUUGAGCGUGACGCAGUCACUGCCCAGGUGCGACAAGUUGCAGCCGUCGGAAGUGAAGGAUAUACUGUUGUGCUUCCUGUUUGUCAUCAAGUACCUGGGUGACCAUCAAGUGAUCGCUUGGUGGCAACAAUGCAACGACUCGGAGAUACUGAGCUUCUUCGCAGUGAUCGAGAUGAGCUUGCACCAUUUCAAAUACAUCGGUAAGAGACAGAUAGCCGCUAACGCUACGAGCUCUUCCGGGAAACCCCGUACUGUCAAAGCGAUGACUCUGCCCGCCAGGAUGGCGCCGCCGGAUUUCACCACCGAGAGUGCCGCUACCAGCACGUUGCAACCUCACAAUACGGCGACUAGAGAAAAUCUCGUCGAAAAUGAUAGCGGCAAGGUAUACCAAGCUCUACUGGAAGCGAACAUGGCGACCGAAGUCGGUCUCAUUGCGUUGGAUUGCCUGGGACUCUUUUGUAUUCAUUUCAAGGAUAUUCUCUUGGCGAACGAGGGCGAAAAUCCAAUAAUGCAAAAGCUGUUCAACAUUUAUUUAUCGUUCCUCCAAGUCGGACAGUCGGAAACAUUGUUGCGCCAUGUUUUCGCUGGAUUCAGAGCCUUUUUAAAUAACUAUUCCAUCGCGCUUUUCCAAGGCAACGCUGUGCUUUGCGGACGCUUGUGUUACGAGUUGCUGCGUUGUUGCAACAGCAAGUUGAGCUCUAUACGGCAGGAGUCCUGCGCUUUGCUAUAUUUGCUGAUGCGAAGUAACUUUGAGUUUACCAGCCGAAAAGGAUUGACCAGAGUGCAUCUGCAGGUGAUAAUUUCGGUCUCUCAAAUGCUGGGAAACGUAAUUGGCCUGAAUAAUUCGCGAUUUCAAGAAUCGCUGUCUUUAAUCAAUAGUUACGCUUCCUCAGACAAGGUCAUGAAGGGUACAGGUUUUCCGGUUGAGGUGAAGGAUCUCAACAAAAGGAUUCGAACGGUCCUAAUGGCAACAGCGCAAAUGCGAGAGCACAAUAACGAUCCCGAGAUGCUCGUCGAUUUGCAACACAGCUUGGCCAACUCCUACGCCAGCACACCUGAAUUGAGGCAUACCUGGUUAGAGACGAUGGCCAGGAACCAUGCCAGGGAUGGUAACUUUUCCGAGGCCGCUUGCUGUCAACUACAUAUUGCAGCACUGAUGGCUGAAUAUCUGAAAUUGCGGAAGGUUCAUCCGUGGGGCGCGGAAGCUUUCGAUCAGAUUUCCGUGAACAUUUCGAGGGACGAGUGUAAUCUUAAGCUCGACGCUGGUGAGAUUUGUGUUCAAGAUAUUCACUAUAAUCAGUGUUUACUUCUCGAGCAAUUGGAAGUUUGUGCUGACACGUUGGAGAAAGCCGAGCGUUUUGAGUUGCUUGGCCAUUUGUAUCGUUUGAUAGUUCCUAUGUAUGAAGAGAAGAGAAAUUACGAGGCUUUGGCUAACUGUUACUCGCACUUGGCGCAGGCCUGCAACAAAAUCGUGGAAGUCAAUCGAACUGGGAAGAGGUUGCUGGGGAGAUUUUACAGAAUAGCAUUCUUUGGCACGGCAUAUUUCGAGGAGGAGACCGGCCAAGAAUAUAUCUACAAGGAACCGAAAGUAACGUCGUUAUCUGAAAUAUCGGAGCGUUUGUUGCGUUUAUACAGCGAAAAGUUUGGAUCUGAGAACGUUAAGAUGAUCAUGGAUUCCGUGCCGGUCGAUGUGAGCGAGUUAGAUCCCAAGAUAGCGUACAUCCAAGUAACGCACGUAACACCGUACUUCGAGAAGCCCGAGUUGGAAGUGCGACAGACCGAGUUUGAGCAGAAUCAUAAUGUAUCCUGUUUCAUGUUCGAAACGCCGUUCACGAAGGAGGGCAAGGCGAGAGGCAGCCCGGAGGAUCAGUGGAAACGCAGGACUAUUCUCACAACGCAAUAUUCCUUCCCGUACGUGAAGAAGCGCAUUGGAAUUGCCGAGAAACGAAUAGUGGAACUCAGUCCUAUCGAAGUCGCUUUGGAUGAGAUGAGGCAACGUGUUCAAGAAUUGGAAGACGUAGCUUUGAUUGGACCAACCGAUGUAAAGAAGCUGCAGUUGCGUCUUCAGGGUAGCAUCUGCGUGACGGUAAAUGCCGGUCCACUGGCCUACGCUUCGGCAUUCCUGGAUCCCGCACUGUCUCCCCAAUAUCCUGACGACAAGGUAGAGGAACUGAAGGAUGUCUUUAGGGAAUUCGUCAAGAUAUGUUACACAGCGUUACAAAUUAAUAGCAAACUAAUCACGCCGGACCAACACGAGUACCAAGAAGUAUUGCGCGAGAAUUAUCAGAAAUUGUGCCAGAGUUUGUCGUCCUUACUCGGGGAGCCGAUAUGGCCGGACGAGCAAGUGGGGAGCUUCAAACGUAAUAGUGCUGCUUUGUUCAGUGCCAUCAGCGGCGCUAACAACCACACUAGUACAGCCUAAGUCAAUAAUUCUAGAAUGUCCAUUCAACAGACCGUAAAUUUGUUUCCUUUCUUCUAGUGUGAUGUGUUUUAAGAUCAAUGUUUAAGGUCUCGCCGAGCCCGAAAUAUUUCUCCACGCAGGACAGAACUCCUUAACAACAAACAUAUCGGUUUUUGUAACUUCCGGUCUGAACUUUCGUCUAGAAAACUUCUCGAGAAACUUUCCGAUCACUGCCAAAUUUUUCGCACCAAGGAGCGACGUGAUGUCAACGGGGAAAUCCUGAUUGGAGAAUUUAAGAAUGUAUUACGUGCACUUUUGUUGUUUAUAGUCGUUGAAUGAGAAAUUGAGCCAAGUCAAAGAACUGCUUCUACUUAUCAAGCCUAUCGUGUCAAUGUCGUAGUUUAAUAAGUUGCGAUUCAACUAGUAGAAUAAGUUGGGUGUUAAAGACCCACCAGGGCAUUUAUAUAGUAUAUGUAUAACGAGUGAAAAAGUUACUAGUACACCUAACAUCAACUCUUUCACUAUGAAUAGCGUUAGUCGUCCACAAUGCAUCCGUAUUUAUGAUGUCCGUGUAUAAUCGGCUUUACCAGGGAAGAUAUAUCUAACGACGAAAGUAAUGGAACCGAAAGGUGAGACUGGCUGUUCGUAUUACGCGAAGGAUUAAGUGUAAGUCGAAGUAAACUCUUACCGUGUUUCCAUUUGAAACUUUUUCUAUCGUGUCGUUUCUUCAAUGUUUCGUGAAUUCACACAGGAUUGAGUUUAAUGCGCUUUCGCUCAAAAAGUUACGUUACGACUGACACAAUCCAAAUUUACCCCUCAUCUGUAAGAACGAAAUGUACGAAUACUUUUGUCCAUUGUAUGCGUUACGAUGUGUAUAGUAUCGAUGAUUUAUCGUAUAUGUAUAUACACUUGGCUUCGAUACGGAUUGAACACCUUUUUGCAGUUUACCGCGGUAAACGCAAGCAACGACGGCCCAACGAGAGAGCUUAUUCAGUAAACGAAGAACAUUAGAUCAACAUCUUGAAAUGUUGAUUUUUCACGUAUCUCCCGAACGUUUUCGCUCGGUAUUCGAAAAAUAUUUUCCAAACAUUACCAGACAAUAUUAUCCUUUGGAAUAUCGUAAACAUGUUUAUGAAAUCUCGAAGUGAUGAAGUUAUUCGCAAUGACGCUUAACGCAACAUUAAAAGUUGUAUAUUAAAAUACGCUGCGAGCUACUAAAUGUCGCUGCGACGUUUUGUCAAUGAUCGUUUUGCUAACUCCUAGGAAUUGGUGAAAAAGUUCUCGCAUCGGGAACAUCGGCUGCUUUGUGAACUGCGCCGAGAAAAUAUAUUCAAGCCGUUUUGAAAACAAGUCUAUAUAUGUUAAUCAUUUGAACGAAUACGGAAUACGUUCAAAAAAAUGCUGAACGGGUGCGCUCGCGUUUCUGCCGUUUCGCGUCUGCCGUUUCAGUUUCUCACUUUCCCAGGGAGUCGAGAUGAAUUACGAAUGGUAAGAGUCGACUUGAAGUAAGAAAACACUUUAAGUCGCGACACCGACGAUGCCCUGUGACAGGAUCUGAGCGCAGUCGCGCGCUUUCGAAGCGCCAUUUUCGGCUUUUCAAGCGAGACGGGAGCAGCGCGAUCGCUCAAACGGUUCCAGCACUUUCUGUAAAAAUUCAUUUGUACAUACGUGUAUAAUUUCCCGCAUGCAUAUGCGCUGUGUAAAGAGUCGACUGUUUUAGAAUAUCGUAGAACCUCGGAUUUUUGCUGAAAAAGUGAGAAAUCGUAUAGAUCCUUUAAUACGAAUUAUCGAAUAUACUUUGCGCCACGUUGCGAUCGAACUUGUGCGCGCGCGUUUGUACUACUUGCGAUGCAGAGACUAGUUUAAUAUGGAUUGAGUAACUUGUAUGCGGCGUUUGUAUCGGGGAUUUAUAGGAAAUCGAAAUGAACGUUUGUUUAUAUUACGGAGGGGGAGGGGAGCGAUGUAGCGCCAGACGGCUACGCUUUACUGACAGGAACCGAUCCGACCACUUUGAUACCUUGCGAACACACGCACAAAGUAUUGUUAUUACAUUUUCGUAAUUAUUUGCGAAGUGACGUAAAAUUUUAUAAACUGAUAACGCGAGAGAAUACAUAUGUGUAAAUUCAUUUAUCCGUGAAGAAACGCACCGACCGAUGCGGGUAUCUUAGACUAGCGAUAGCUUUAAGAACGAAUGUUCAAAAAUAAAUAUGUGACAGAUA